UAAAUGGCCGUCCAAAGAGAUUUGACUAGACAACUCAAUCCAAACAUUCACUCACGCACUCUCACGCUCACUCUUUGGAGCGUCAAGUAUUCAUUCCGCCAGACAAAUCCACACCCCCCCACUUCUUCGCUAUUUAUAUCCCUUCUUACCCUUGCCUCUCUUUUAUCCCACAACAAAAUACCCUCUUUCUCUCUCUAAAAACUACCUUCUUUCUCUCUCUAGAAAUAAAAAUAUGGCUCCUAAACAAAUCACUGACAAUAACAAUGCUCUUAACAAUCCUACUCCCUCCUCCGCCGCCUAUUCCGCAGUAGCCGUAACACCUCAAACUGAGAUUAAAUACCGAGGGGUUCGGAAGCGGCCGUGGGGCCGAUAUGCGGCCGAGAUCCGUGACCCCUUGAAGAAGACGCGCGUGUGGUUAGGAACCUUCAACACCGCGGAAGAGGCGGCGCGUGCUUACGACAACGCCGCCCGAGAGUUCCGCGGUGCUAAGGCUCGGACCAAUUUCACCUACUUAGAUCAGCAGUGUCUCAGCGCCAGUGGCGAUAAUAACAGUCUCACCACCGUUGAAUCCGGCGGCGCGUGUGUCAACGCGCCGCCGCAACUGGGAAUUUCUCUCUCCUCCGCCGCCGACAGUAGUGGACCGUACGUGAUGUACGGAAUGUUGGCGAAGAGAGUGAGUGACAUACGAGAGGCGUUCAGGUGUGGGCGCGUGUUGGGUUGUAAUGAUGGAACUCAGAAUCGAGGUGAAAUAUCAGCCGUUGAUUCUAGUGAUGGACGGCAGAGGAUGGUUCUUGAUCUUGAUCUUAAUUUGGCCCCACCUCAAGAAGUUGUAUGAAGGAUGAGAUCAUCUCAUUGUAGUUCUUUGAAAUGGGCCCCACCACUUUAAAUUAGUGUUUUUUUUAAAAAAAAAUUUAAUUUUAAUUUGGUGGUUUAUCUUAAGAUUAUGAUAAAGAGAGAGUUGAAUUGCGAGCCUUAAUUUUGUAAUUUGAAGAUAAAGGCGCAGCUCUUAUAUUGUCAGAGUUUUUGUAAAUACAGAAGUAACAAACAUCCUUUUUAUUUAAUUAGUAAAUUAUUAAUC